AUGUCUGGUACUUAUACUCCAAAUCCAAAUAAUUCAUCUUUAAGACCUUUGAUUUUAUCUCAUGGUUCAAUUGAAUUGAAUUUAUUAAUCCCAACAAAUUUAUUAUUUGCUGCUUCUCAAUUAAAAGAACAAUUUGAAAAACAAUUACCUGAAUUAACUGAAGGUUAUGCUGGUGAAGAUGAACCUGCUUCUCCAACUGAAUUAUUAGCUAGAUUCUUGGGUUAUGUUUCUGAUUUAGUUGAUCCAAAUGCUUCAGGUCAAUUUGAUCAAGUUUUAUUAUUAGCUCUUUCAGAAUUUGAAACUAGAUUUUUAAAUGGUCAUGAUAUUCAUACUUUAGCUUCAAAUUUAGUUAAAGAUGAAACUUAUCCAACAACUUUAGAAAAGGCUAAAUUAGUUGUUAAAAAUUAUUUUAAUGCUAGAAUUGUUGCUAAAAAACCAUUCAAAAAGAAUGAUUCUGCUUUAUUCAGAUCUGUUUUAAAUAAUGAAGCUAAAGUUGUUGCAAUUUUUGGUGGUCAAGGUAAUACUGAUGAUUAUUUUGAAGAAUUAAGAGAUUUAUACAACAUUUAUAAUGGUUUAGUUUCAGAUGUUAUUAAAGCUGCUGCUGAUAAAUUAAAUCAAUUGGUUAGAUCAACUAAUGAUACCGAAAGAAUUUAUACUCAAGGUUUAGAUUUAAUUAACUGGUUAGAACAUCCUGAAAAUACUCCAUCAACUGAAUAUUUAUUAUCUAUUCCAGUUUCUUGUCCUUUGAUUUGUGUUAUUCAAUUGGCUCAUUAUGCUGUUACCGCAAGAGUUUUAGGUUAUCAUCCAGGUGAAUUAAGAGAUUUAUUAUCUGGUGCAACUGGUCAUUCUCAAGGUUUAACUACCGCUUUAGCUAUUGCUGAAUCUAAUUCAUGGGAAUCAUUCUUUACUGCUUUGAAUAAAUCUGUUACAUUUUUAUUCUUUAUUGGUGUUCGUUGUUAUCAAGUUUAUCCAAAUACUGCAUUACCACCAUCAAUUUUACAAGAUUCUGAUGAAAAUGGUGAAGGUGCUCCAUAUCCAAUGUUAUCAGUUCGUGAUUUAUCAAAAGAUCAAGUUCAAAACUAUGUUGAUCAAACUAAUGCUCAUUUACCAAAAGAAAAACAUAUUGCAAUUUCUUUAGUUAAUGGUGCAAGAAAUUUAGUUGUUAGUGGUCCACCUCAAUCUUUAUAUGGUUUAAACUUAACUUUAAGAAAAGCUAAAGCUCCAUCUGGCUUAGAUCAAGCUAGAAUUCCUCAUUCUGAAAGAAAAUUGAAAUUUUCAAACAGAUUUUUACCAAUUACUUCACCAUUCCAUUCUCAUUUAUUAAAAGAUGCAGCUGAAUUAGUUCAUCAAGAUGUUACAAAUGAAGGUUUAGAAUUUAAACAAUCAGAUUUGAAACUUCCAGUUUAUGAUACUUUUGAUGGUUCAGAUUUACGUCAAUUCCAAGGUUCAAUUAUCGAUAGAUUAUCUUUAUUAAUUACCACUUUACCAGUUAAUUGGGAAACUGCAACUCAAUUUGAAGCUACUCAUAUCUUAGAUUUUGGUCCAGGUGGUGCUUCAGGUCUUGGUGUUUUAACUCAUCGUAACAAAGAUGGUACAGGUGUUCGUGUUAUCAUUGCUGGUGUCUUGGAUAAUAAUCCAGAUGAUGAAUAUGGUUUUAAACAAGAAUUAUUUGAUUUAAAUGAUAAUGUUAAAUAUGCACCAGAUUGGUUAACUGAAUAUCAACCAAAAUUAGUUAAAACUGAAGCUGGUAAAGUUUAUGUUGAUACUAAAUUUUCAAGAUUAUUGGGUAAAGCUCCAAUUUUAGUUCCAGGUAUGACACCAACUACUGUUCAUCCAGAUUUUGUUGCUUCAACUUUAAAUGCUGGUUAUCAUAUUGAAAUUGCCGGUGGUGGUUAUUUCGAUCCAAAAACUUUCCAAAAUGCUUUACAAAGAGUUGUUGAUCAAGUUCAACCAGGUACUGGUAUUGGUAUUAAUUUAAUUUAUGUUAAUCCAAGAAUGUUACAAUGGGGUAUUCCUUUAAUUAAAUCUUUAAGAGAAAAAGGUUUCCCAAUCCAAUCAUUAACCAUUGGUGCUGGUGUUCCAUCAUUAGAAGUUGCUACUGAAUAUAUUGAAGAAUUAGGUUUAACUCAUUUAGGUUUAAAACCAGGUUCAGUUGAUUCAAUUUCUCAAGCUAUUGCUAUUGCUAAAGCUCAUCCAACUUUCCCAAUUGUUUUACAAUGGACCGGUGGUAGAGGUGGUGGUCAUCAUUCAUUUGAAGAUUUCCAUCAACCAAUCUUACAAAUGUAUUCUAGAAUCAGAAGAUCACCAAAUAUUUCUUUAAUUGCUGGUUCAGGUUUUGGUAGUGCUGAAGAUACUUAUCCAUACUUAACUGGUGAAUGGUCAACUAAAUUCAACUACCCACCAAUGCCAUUUGACGGUGUCUUGACUGGUUCAAGAGUUAUGGUUGCCAAAGAAGCUAAAACUUCACCAGCUGCUAAACAAGCUAUUGCUGAUGCUCCAGGUGUUCCAGAUUCAAAAUGGGAACAAACUUAUAAAAAACCAACUGGUGGUAUCAUUACUGUUAGAUCAGAAAUGGGUGAACCAAUCCAUAAAUUGGCUACUAGAGGUGUUUUAUUAUGGCAAGAAAUGGAUAAUACCAUCUUUAACUUACCAAAGAAUAAAUUACAAGAUGCUUUGGAUAAAAAGAAGGAUUAUAUUAUCUCUAAAUUAAAUGCUGAUUAUCAAAAACCAUGGUUCCCAACUAUUGAUGGUAAAGUUUAUGAUUUACAUGAUUUAACUUAUGAACAAAUUGCUAAAAGAUUAGUUGAAUUAUUAUAUGUUAGAGGUUCAAAGAGAUGGAUUGAUGUUUCAUUAAGAAACUUUGUUGGUUCAUUCUUACGUCGUGUUGAAGAACGUUUUGCUACUAAACAAACUACUUCAGUCUUAUCAUCAUUCAAUGAAUUAAACCAACCAGAUGCUGCUGUUGAAUCUGUUUUCACUGCUUAUCCAGAUGCUAAAACUCAAUUGAUUAACCAACAAGAUGUUGAUUACUUCUUAUUAUUAUGUCAAAACCCAGCUCAAAAACCAGUUCCAUUUGUUCCAGUCUUGGAUCAAAGAUUUGAAGUUUUCUUCAAAAAAGAUUCCUUAUGGCAAUCAGAAGAUUUAGAAGCUGUUGUUGGUCAAGAUGUUCAAAGAACUUGUAUCUUACAUGGUCCAGUUGCUGCUCAAUUUACCAAUAAAGUUGAUGAACCAGUUGGUGAAAUUUUAGAUAACAUUCAUGAAGGUCAUAUUGCUAAAUUAUUGAAAGAUCAAUAUAAAGGUGAUGCUUCUAAAAUUCCAGUUGUUCAAUACUUUGGUGGUGAAGAACCAGUUGAUGUCAAAUUUGAUAAAGUUGAAUCUGGUAAUAAAAUCAUUUAUCAAGCAACUGAAUCUACUGAUGCUGCUACUUGGUUUAAAUUAUUAGCUGGUAACACUCGUUCAUGGAGACAUGCUUUCUUAUCAACUCAUCGUGUUGUUCAAGGUUCUGAUUUUGUUUUAAACCCAGCUAGAAAAGUUUUAGCUCCAGCUAAAGGUCUUGUUGUUGAAAUUGAAAAUGCUAAUGAUCCAUCAAAAACUAUUUUAACUGCUUCUGAACCAGUUCAAGGUGUUUUGAAACCAACUGUUGUCUUAAAAGCUAUCAACAAAGAUACUAUUGAAUUAUCAUUAGUUGAACACAGAAAUGUUCAAAAUUCUGCUGUUUCAUUACCAUUAUUAUACAAAUUUAACCCACAAGAUGGUUUUGCUCCAAUUUUGGAACUUACUGAAGAUAGAAAUGAACGUAUUAAAGAAUUCUAUUGGAAAUUAUGGUACACUGAACCAUUCAAUUUGGAUAUUGAUUUACAUAAACCAAUUGUUGAACAACCAGUUACUAUUACUGGUCAAGCUAUUGCUGAAUUCACUCAUGCUAUUGGUAACAAAAAUGAAGAUUUCGUUUCUAGACCAGGUAGAAAAACUUUAGCUCCAAUGGAUUUCGCUAUUGUUGUUGGUUGGAAAGCUAUUAUUAAAGCUAUCUUCCCAAAGAAAGUUGAUGGUGAUUUAUUAAGAUUGGUCCAUAUGUCUAAUGGUUACAAAAUGAUUCCAGGUGCUUCUCCAUUAGCUAAAGAUGAUGUUGUUUCAACUACUGCUGAAAUUAAAUCUGUUUUGAAUCAAGAUUCUGGUAAACUUGUUGAAGUUGUUGGUACUAUUCACAGAGAUGGUAAACCAGUUAUGGAAGUUUUAUCAUCAUUCUUAUACCGUGGUGAUUAUAGUGAUUUUGAAAACACUUUCUCUAAAGUUACUGAAGCUCCAUUCCAAUUACAUAUUAAAUCUGCUAAAGAUAAUGCUGUUUUAAGAUCAAAAGAAUGGUUUAACUUAGAAAAAGAUUUCAACUUGAUUAACCAAACAUUAACUUUUGAAAUUGAAACUGAAGUUACUUACAAAAACAAGACUGUUUACAACUCAGUUAAAUCAAAUGGUAAAGUUUUAUUAGAAUUACCAACUAAAGAAAUCAUUCAAGUUGGUACUGUUGAAUAUGAAGCUGGUCAAUCUCAUGGUAACCCAGUUAUUGAUUAUUUGACAAGAAAUGGUUCAGCUAUUGAACAAAAAGUCAAAUUCGAAAACAACAUUCCAAUUGCUACUAUUGAAUCUCGUGCUCCAGGUACUAAUGAACCAUAUGCUGUUGUUUCUGGUGAUUACAACCCAAUUCACGUUUCUCGUGUCUUCUCCAAAUAUGCCAACUUACCAGGUACUAUUACUCAUGGUAUGUACUCAAGUGCUUCUGUUAGAGCUUUAGUUGAAAGUUGGGCUGCUGAUUCUGUUUCUGCUAGAGUUCGUGCUUUCAAUGUUCAAUUUGCUGGUAUGGUUUUACCAAAUGAUACUUUAACUACUCGUUUGGAACAUGUUGGUAUGAUUAAUGGUCGUAAGAUUAUUAAAGUUGAAACUAGAAAUGAAGAAGAUUUACCUGUUUUAAUUGGUGAAGCUGAAAUUGAGCAACCAGUUUCUACAUUUGUUUUCACUGGUCAAGGUUCUCAAGAACAAGGUAUGGGUAUGGACUUGUACGAAAAAUCUGAUGUUGCUCGUAAUGUCUGGGACAGAGCUGACAACCAUUUCUUGAAUACUUAUGGUUUCUCAAUUAUUGAUAUUGUUAAGAACAAUCCAGAAGAAUUAACUGUUCAUUUUGGUGGUGAAAAAGGUAGAGCUAUCAAGAAGAAUUAUACCCAAAUGACUUUUGAAACCAUUGUUGAUGGUAAAAUUGUCUCAGAAAAAAUCUUCAAGAGUAUUGAUGAAAAGACAACUUCAUUCAAAUUCCAAAACCCAGGUGGUUUAAUUUCUGCUACACAAUUCACUCAACCUGCUUUAACCUUGAUGGAAAAAGCUUCAUUUGAAGAUUUGAAAGCUAAAGGUUUGAUUCCAGCUGAUUGUAUUUUCGCUGGUCACUCUUUAGGUGAAUAUGCUUCAUUAGCAUCAUUAGCUGAAGUUAUGUCAAUUGAAUCAUUAGUUGAAAUUGUUUUCUACAGAGGUAUGACUAUGCAAGUUGCUGUUCCAAGAGAUUCCUUAGGUAGAUCAAACUAUGGUAUGAUUGCUGUUAACCCAAGUAGAGUUUCAGGUACCUUCACUCAAGAUGCUUUGAAAUUUGUUGUUGAUCGUGUUGGUAAACAAACUACAUGGUUAGUUGAAAUUGUCAAUUACAAUGUUGAAAAUCAACAAUAUGUUGCUGCAGGUGAUUUACGUGCUUUAGAUACUUUAGGUAACGUUUUGAACUUUAUUAAAUUACAAAAAAUUGAUAUUGUUAAAUUACAAGAACAAUUAUCAUUAGAAAAAGUUGAAGAACAUUUGAAUGAAAUCAUUGAUGAAGUUUCCAAAAAAUCUACUGCUAAAGCACAACCAAUUGAUUUAGAAAGAGGUUUUGCUACAAUUCCAUUACGUGGUAUCUCAGUUCCAUUCCAUUCUUCAUACUUAAGAAAUGGUGUCAAACCAUUCAAAGCCUUCUUAGAAAAGAACAUUUUGAAAGAAAAUGUUAAGACUGAUAGAUUAAUCGGUAAAUAUAUUCCAAACUUGACUGCUAAACCAUUUGAAGUUACUAAAGAAUACUUCCAAGAUGUUUAUGAAUUAACCAAAUCUGACAAGAUCAAAGAAGUCUUAGAUAACUGGGACAAAUAUCAAUAA